UACGGGACGGGAACGGUGAGGGAUAGAGAGCUGCGCAGUCUCCCUGGGGUGGUUCUGUUGCUGGCGCUGGCCCUUUCCCUUGAAGGUGCUAGUGAUUGUGACGUCAAGUAAAGAAAGAACUACUUCUCACUGAGGUUUACAUCACUUUCACAAUAAGCCUUGUGGAAGCCAGGCUAUGCAGUGAAACCAUCUGCUGUGCAGCCCAACUCGGUGUCAGGAGAGCAACAGUCUCCAAGUGACACCAUCUGGAAUCUGCCAGAAAGACUUGUCUGGUGUUUCUCAGCUUGAAGAUGAUCUCCGGUCAUUAUUGAUCCCUUUUCUUGGCGUUACCUUUUUGAAGUGAAGUUUACCUAGCUUUCUAGUGUGAGCUUUCUUUUCAGACAUCUGUAACUGAUCCAUAAUAGACAAGCUAUAGUUCAGCAAUGUCCAAGUCGUUCCAGCACUCAUCUCUAAGUAGGGAUUCCCAAGGUCAUGGACGUGACCUGUCUGCAGGAAUAGGCCUUCUUGCUGCUGCUACCCAGUCUUUAAACGUGCCAGCAUCUCUUGGAAGGAUGAACCAGGGUACUGCACGCCUUGCUAGCUUAAUGAAUUUUGGAGUGAAUUCUUCAUUGAAUCAACAAGGAUCUCAUAGUGCGCUGUCUUCUGCUAGUGCAUCUUCCCAUGCUUUACAGUCUAUAUUUAACAUUGGAAGUAGAGGCCCACUCUCUCUGUCUUCUCAGCACCGUGGAGAUGCAGAGCAGGCCACUAACAUUCUGGCCAGCUUUGGUCUGUCUGCUAGAGACUUAGAUGAACUGAGUCGCUAUCCUGAGGACAAGAUCACUCCUGAAAACUUGCCUCAAAUUCUUCUGCAACUUAAGAGGAGGAGAGCUGAAGAAGUCACUUCACUGAGUUAUGGUAGAGAUGGCAGAUCAGCUGCACUGGAGCCGCCAUACAGAGUACCUAGGGACGAUUGGGAAGAGAAAAGGCAUUUUAGAAGAGAUAGCUUUGACGAUCGUGGUUCUAGUCUCAACCCAGUGGUUGACUAUGAUCAUAGAAGUCAUUCUCAAGAAUCUGUUUAUUAUGACAGACUGGAUUAUGAAGAUGACAGAUUAAGAGAUGGAGAAAGGUGUAGGGAUGACUCUUAUUAUGGUGAGACUUCACAUAAGUAUCACAAAUUUGACAGUGAGUAUGACAGAAUGGACCGGGGCCCUGAGAGAUCUCUCUUUGAAAAAAAGAGAGGCGCUCCUCCAAAUAGCAAUAUUGAAGACUUCCAUGGACUCUUACCGAAGGGUUAUCCCCAUCUGUGCUCUAUCUGUGAUUUGCCUGUUCAUUCUAAUAAGGAGUGGAACCAGCAUAUCGAUGGAGCAACACAUAGCCGACGUUGUCAACUUCUCCUUGAAAUAUAUCCAGAGUGGAACCCUGAUAAUGAUUCUGGACACGGAAUGGGCGAUCCAUUUAUGUUGCAACAGUCUACAAAUCCUGCUCCUGGAAUUCUGGGGCCACCUCCACCACCGUUUCAUCUGGGUGGGCCACCAAUUGGGUCAAGAGGGGCUGGAAAUGGAAGUAUGCAAGGACCAAGACACAUGCAGAAGGGCAGAGUGGAAACGAGUAGAGUUGUGCACAUCAUGGCUUUUCAUAGAGGAAAAAACUUGAGAGAAGAGCUGCUGCAACUUGUUGAACCAUUUGGAAUAAUCACAAAUCACCUAAUCUUGAACAAAAUUAAUGAAGCAUUUAUUGAAAUGUCUACCACUGAAGAUGCUCAAGCUGCAGUUGAAUUUUAUUCAGCAACACCAGCUUUAGUGUUUGGCAAACCCGUGAGAGUACACUUGUCACAGAAGUAUAAAAGAAUAAAGAAACCAGAAGGAACACCUGACCCAAAGUAUGAGCCUCCCAAACAGGAACUUGGUCGUGUGAUCCAUCUCAGCAAUUUGCCUCACUCGGGAUAUUCGGACAGUGCUGUCCUGAAAUUAGCUGAGCCCUUUGGAAAAAUAAAGAACUACAUACUGAUGAGAAUGAAGAGCCAGGCUUUCAUAGAAAUGGAGACCAGAGAAGAUGCUGUAGCAAUGAUGGAGCACUGUUCCAACAAAGCCAUUUGGUUUCAGGGACGAUGUGUCAAAGUAGACUUGUCUGAAAAAUACAAGAAGUUAAUAUUAAGGAUUCCCAACAAAGGAGUGGACUUGCUGAAGAAAGAUAAACCUCGAAAAAGAGGUCUUUCUCCAGACAGCAAAGACUCUGGAAGUGAUAAGAAAUGCAAGUUGGAGGAUAAUGAAAAAAUGGAAAGCAACAGUACGGAAGACAAAGAGGAAAGGAGAGAUGAGGCAGAGAGAAUGGAUACCAAAGGUGGUGAACAGGCAGAUCAAGAGGAGCCAAACUUGCUCCUGGAAUCUGAAGACGAAUUGUUGGCAGAUGAAGAUGAAGCCGCAGCAUUACUAGAAAGUGGCAGCUCAGCAGCAGAUGAUACUGAUGUGGCCAACUUGGGCGAUGUGACUACUGAACAAAAGGAAGCUGCUGAGGAUGAAAACACCACAAAGAGUGAAGGGAGUGUUGGUGCUACAGCGGCAAAAAAGCUCAAAAAGCAGCGACUUACAGGUGGCUUUCCAAGAAGCAUGGAAGGUUUUGUCACUCUGGAUGAAGUUGGUGAUGAGGAAGAUUCAGAACAUCAGAAACAACGUAAAUCUGGCGUGGCUAAAGCUGCUGUAAAAAGUGAGGACAGCAUGACUGAAAAUAAGGUUGAAAAAGCUGAGGCAACAGGGCAGGAAAAUGAAGCAUUAGAAAAUGGUGCCAAAACAGAGAACUUGAAGCUAGAAACAUCUGAAGCGACUGACCACACAGGGACACAAGAGAAAGAUAAAAACGAAAACACAGAAGUGCAAGAAUCGAAGUCGGCCCGUGAGAAACGUGCUGUUGCAGAUGAGCCUAGAGUGGGACCAUAUCAGCCCAAUGUUCCUGUUGGUGUGAACUUUGUGGUGCCCAGAGCUGGGUUUUACUGCAAACUGUGUUCCUUGUUCUACACAAAUGAAGAUGCUGCGAAAAAGGUCCACUGCAGCAGUCUUGCACAUUAUCAAAAGUUGAAGAAACGCAUGGACAAAAUGGCUGGAGAUCAGAAGCAGACAAAAGAAGCUUAAGUGUAUGCAAAAAAAAAAAAACUUUAAGGCUUGAGGAUUUAACAAAACUUUUAUUUUUAAUGUUAAUCUUAAUACAGUAAAAUUGGGGAAACUCUAUACGAGAUAGGUUUUAGUAGAAUAAAUAGAAGUAUAAUUCUGUUAGUGUGUUCAAUGUUAUGCAAAAUAUGCAUUCUAAACCAAUAUUUGUUUAUAGAAACCUGGGGGUGAUGACAGAAUUUCUGAGCUGAUGGAUGUUGGUAGCUACUAAGGAACUAUUAUCACGUUUUGAAAACCAGAGUUGAUUUCAUCAGCAUUUAAUCUUUUCAGGCUUCAAAUAAUUCCCCUAAUGUUGGUUCUCAUAAACAGUUAAUAUCUUUUCCUCUGAAACAUUCCAUAUUCCAGUCUAAGUCUAGCUGAUACAAAAAAGUUGCAACCGCUUUAUUUUAGUGGCAGUGUAUUACCGUAUUUUAUGGACUAUAAGACUCACUUUUUUCCUCAAAAAAUAUCCGCCAAAAUUCAGGUGCGUCUUAUAUGUUUUAACAGUUUAAUAUGUUAAAACUCAGAAAAACUGGAUUAAAAUUAAGGUGCGUCUUAUAGUCCGUAGCGUCUUAUAGUCCGUAAAAUACGGUACUUAGAAAAUAGGAAAACUAAUUACCAGCUUUAAAAAGACUUGUUUCCUCAGCAUUUCAAUUAUGUCCUUGUAUAGCAGAAAGUAAAUUCUUCUGACCAGUAUUAUUUUCCUGAGCUCUUGCUUGCUGCUUUAAUUUAGUACUUUUCAUACAUCUCCAGUAUAAGCAAAGGCAGCAUUCAAAGCCUAACUGUGUAAAUAGUUAACUUUUUAAUGUUUAUGUAACUUUUCAUACUUCAGCUCUGAUCCUAGACCGGUUACAAAGGUGCCCCUGAAGGCUUCCUUCAAAGUAACAUGUUUAGAAUUGGGGCAUACAUCUUCAGAUUGGUUUCAUCCUAGGACUGUGCUCUUGAUGUAUCUUUAUGUGGCUGAUGUAAAUGGGAAUUUGCAUGUAUAAUCUGUUUUUCAUGUAGUCUUACUGAUGAUUUAACAGCUUACAUAUGUGUGGAUUCAGGUUAUUGUAGUGAGAAACCAAUAAACCAAACCAGUCUUGUUUUGUUA